CGUCCCCCAGGCCCCCCAGGUGUGACCCCGUGCCCCGUCCCCGGUGCCCCCCAUGGCCAUGGCGUCGCCGCCGGCGCCCCCGACCAAGAAGCGGAAGAUGAACUUCUCGGAGCGGGAGGUGGAGAUCAUCGUGGAGGAGCUGGAGCGGGGAAAGCACCUCCUCGUCAACCACUUCAACGCGGGCGUGCCGCUGGCCGCCAAGGCCGCCGCCUGGCACGACAUCCUGCGCCGCGUCAACGCCGUCGCCACCUGCCACCGCGAGCUGCCCGAGGUCAAGAAGAAGUGGUCCGACCUCAAGACCGAGGUGCGGCGCAAAGUGGCCCAAGUGCGGGCUGCCAUGGAAGGGGGAGGCGAGAACCACAACGGCGGCGGCAACGGGCCCGAGGGCGAGGACCCGGCGGGCGCCGCGGCCGCCCCGGUGAUCCUCACCCCCAUGCAGCAGCGCAUCUGCAACCUGCUGGGAGAGGCCACCAUCAUCAGCCUGCCGAGCGGCGACUGCGGCGCGGGUGACGGGAGCGAGAUCCCCAUCACCGCGUCGGCCACCACGGUCACCCUGACCCAGAUUCCUGCAGAGACAACCUACCACAGUCUGGAGGACGGGGUUGUGGAGUACUGCACCACGGAAGCCCCCACCACCGUCACCGCCGAGGCACCCUUGGAGAUGAUGGCCCAUCAACACGAGAUGUCUGCCAAGCCCCAGGAGCUGAAAAGCCGCAUUGCCCUGAACUCAGCCAAGCUCCUGCAGGAGCAGCGAGUAACCAACCUGCACGUGAAGGAGAUUGCCCAGCACCUGGAGCAGCAGAAUGAUUUGCUGCAGAUGAUUCGCCGCUCGCAGGAGGUGCAGGCGUGUGCCCAGGAACGGCAGGCACAGGCCAUGGAGGGGACACAGGCAGCACUGAGUGCCCUCAUCCAGGUCCUCCGCCCCAUGAUUAAGGACUUCCGUCGAUUUUUGCAGAGCAAUACGCCCAGCCCAUCGGUCACCGCUGACCCUGGCCAGACAGGGCAGCAAGAUGGUAUGAUCCAGUGAAAGAAACAGUGAUGGGAGGGGAGCUUUAGAUUGAUGCUAGGAAAAAUUUCUUCCCUGAAAGGGGUGUCAGGCCCUGGCACAGGCUGCCCAGGGCAGUGGUGGAGUCACCGUUCCUGGAGGGGUUUAAAACAUCUGUAGAUAUGGCACUUGGAGGCAUGGGUUAGCGGUGAAUGUGGCAGUGCUGUGGAAGCGGUUGAACUCAAUGAUCUUAAAAGUCUUUUCCAACCUAAACAAUUCUGUGAUUCUGUGGGACAUCUGCCAUGCUAAAAACCUGCCCAUGCUGGCAGAGGACACUUAGGAGCAAGGGGUGCUGUCUCUUCUUAGUGUGAAUGGCUCCCCUGGAGUUUGGCUGAGUCCAAAGAGCUUUCACUGGUACUCUUGUGCUAAUCUGCCUUUUCAGACUCUCAUACAGAGACAUAGCAGGAUGUGUAAUAUACCAGCAACUUAACAUGGAUUGCUUUAGUUCCUCAAACAUUAGAUUUAUUUUUUAAAAAGUUAUUUUUUAAUUUCUGUUUGAAAAAAAAUCUGUCUCAAGUAUGACACCUCUCUUUUUGUCUCUCUCUCGAGAUCUAUAGCCUUUAACUGACUUCUAAUGUGGAGAGUUUUGUCGGGCUAUCAGUGCUGCAGCUGUCAAGGUACAGUGACUGUGAACCCAUAGUGCACAUAGUGAAUGCAUUUCUGGCUCUCACUGAAAGCAUUUAUUGGAAACGUGGUACCAGAUGUGGUAGAAACUUCCAUAGCACCGGGAGCUAUGGAUCGUGCUCCUGCAGCGUCACAUCCAGCCCAUGCAGACCAGCACCCAGCCUCUGUGCAAUUUAAAUCCCGCCUACCUCCCCUGAGGAUUGAAGUGGGAUUGAAGCAGUGCGUUCACCUCUUGUUUUAUCUGCUUGCAGUCAUGAAAUUUCUCUGUCAAGUUGGCAGAUGUGAUGAAAGUUUCAUGUCUUGGGUGCCAGAAACUCUCCUGGGAUACGUCUUGGUGCAAUGUCUUUAUUUGUCGCAGCGUAAACACCCAAGGGCCUGGAUGAGUUUCAGUUGGGUGGAUGGAACGGUGAAACUCCAUCUCUGCCUUAUCUGCAUAGUUUGUCACCUCCAGAACACCUUGAUCCAUUAAAGUGGACCUGGACUAAGGUCCUGGACUAAGCUGCAGUCACACAGGAAUUCCCAAUGUUUAGGAGUUUGUCAGCCACUGAUUUUAAUGAAUUUUGGGGCAUUACUUGGUUCUGCUGCUGGUGGUGUUUGUUUUGUACUGUUUGGGAGCUGGAAGCGAGUCUAGCCAUUCCAUGUUUGUCUGCUGGCUGGCCUCAUCCUGAGAAACAGAGCUGAGAUUCUCCUCACUAUCCUAUACCGUUACACAGGGUGAAACAACAUUACAGCCAUUUCUGAGGCAUUCAGGCUGUGGGGCUUGGUCCUUAACAAGAAAGCUUAAUUGCACAGGAUGCUCAACAUGAUUCUCACAGACUUGCAGUAACUUCAUAAACUUCCAGAUUAAAGGUCCACUUGUACAUGCAUGGAAGAAAACUUAGGGAAAGGAAAAAAGGAAGUGUAAGUCUUCUCCUUCUACCUUGCAAAGUGGCUUACAUUUAGCAGGCUUGUUGCUUGCCAGAUUAUUACAUCUGAAAUGGAACUUUUCCAGAGCUGGUAUUUACUUGCUGUUAAGUCUCCUUUAGGGCUGACAAGGGAGUGAAUUUGCACAAUCAAAUGAAACCUUUACACAGCCUUUAAUGGGGAGAUGCUGAUGGGGCCCCCCUGGGUAGAGCAGUAGGUGAAGAGGUCACCGCUGUUGGUCCCUGAUCUUUACUCAUCUCCUCUUGUCUACAAAUCUGAUGCGGGAGAAAAGGACAACACAGUGAGAAGGGUUUGGUCCCUGGAAGACCCCCAACCCCUUGGGACUGACACCUCCAAACUGAGUCAGGGUGGAUCCUGCCUUGUCUGGCAUCUCACUACAUGAGUAGCACUUAACCUGACUCUUCCUCUUAGACUUUGUGGAAUCAAAUCAAUUGCUGAAUUGAGAUUUAUUUUUAAAGUGAGAACUAUGUCAUAUGUGUUGGUUUACCUCAUUUGUGUAAUGAUCUCUCCUUUUCAAAUAUGAAUUUUAAUAAAAAAUACAUUUUGGUAA